AAAACAAAACAAAGCAAAAGGGGUGGAGGAAUGGGGAGGAAGUACGCGUUCGGACCAAUGUUAAGGGUGAAGAAAUGGCGCUGAUGCAGGGGGGUCGAGAGUCGGUAGUGCAAUGCCCUGUCUGCUCACAGCAGAUGCAGAGUUUCAGGAUCAAUGCUCACCUGGACCACUGUCUGGGUGUGAGGGAAGGUGAUGGCGGUGACGGGGAGCCGGGCAGCAAGAGAGCGCGCCUGUCCCCAGGAGCUGCGUGCGGCGAUGGAACGUCGCUCGCGCAGAGCGGGCGCGGGACUGCAGCCAGCGCCUCUGUUGACGAUGGCGAUAGGAGCUGCAGCGCCUCGCCGAGUCCAGCGCGCGGCCGUGGAACGUUACCCUGGCAGAGCCCAUCAACCGCCGCCCCGCUGUCUCCGUCCUUGCAGCGGCCCACCGCGGCCUCCUCCGGUGUCCAGGGGAAGACGGUGUCGCUGCGGCAGUUGGAGGCGAAGCCCCUGGCGGAGAUCAUGAGGCCCAGUAUCCUGGCCGAACUUAUUGGGCAGAACAAGGUUUUGGGUGAAAAUACUCUGUUGAGAACGCUGUUGGAAUCGCACGAGAUCCCGUCCAUCAUAUUGUGGGGCCCACCUGGAUGUGGCAAAACAUCAUUGGCCCAUGUUUUAGCCAGCAACAGUAAGAAACGGAGCAGUACAAGAUUCGUAAGUCUUUCUGCUACAAGUGCAUCCACAGACAUGAUUCGAGAGGUUGUUAAACAAGCUCAAAAUGAACUAAAGCUAUUCAAAAGAAGAACGAUUGCAUUCUUUGAUGAAAUUCACCAUUUCAAUAAAAUACAACAGAACACAUUGCUGCCUCACGUCGAGUGUGGAACAAUCACACUGAUUGGUGCAACAACAGAGAACCCUUCCUUUCAGAUCAAUUCAGCGUUACUGAGUCGUUGCCGUGUCAUCGUUCUUGAGAAGCUGUCAGUAGAAGCUAUGGAAACUAUUCUGCUGCGUGCUUUAAACUCUCUUGGGAUCAGUAUACUAGGACAGGAUAAAGAAGCUGGCUCUGUGGAUGGCAGCAAAGAGUCUGAGUUGCACAUUUCAAUCGAGCCAGAGGCAAUACAGAGCAUUGCCUAUCUAUGUGAUGGUGAUGCAAGGGCUGCAUUAAAUGGACUUCAUCUUGCGAUUCAAGCAAAAGUUGCUGAAGCAAAAAAGCCGCAGAACAAUUUUGCACAGAAAAGUACUCUGGCAAAGAAGAUUUUAAUUAAGGAAAUGCACAUAAAAGAAGGACUUCAAAGGUCUCACAUAUUGUAUGAUCGAGCAGGGGAGGAACAUUAUAACUGCAUCUCGGCACUACACAAGACGAUGCGAGCUUCCGAUGAGAAAGCUGCCCUCUAUUGGCUUGCAAGGAUGCUAGAAGGUGGUGAGGAUCCAUUGUAUGUAGCACGGCGACUGGUGAGAUUUGCCAGUGAAGAUGUAGGACUAGCAGACCCUUUGGCUUUGACCCAGGCAGUAUCUGCUUACCAAGGAUGUCAUUUUAUAGGGAUGCCUGAAUGUGAGGUUAUUUUAGCGCAGUGUGUAACAUACCUGUCAAGAGCACCAAAGUCGGUUGAGAUUUACAUGGCGUAUGACGCUGUUAAAGAGUCCCUGAGGAACCACAAGGGUCCAUUGCCUUCUGUUCCACUGCACCUUAGAAAUGCACCUACAAAACUCAUGAAGGAUCUUGGCUAUGGAAAAGAUUGUAAUAACUGUUCUUUGAACAAGCCAGACGAUAAACCCUGUCCAAGUAAAGAAUAACCCCUUUAUUGCAAUGGGCUUCUUUUCCCCCCCAUGACAGUUGUAUUUUCUUUGCCUGUCUAACAGCAGGAAUUAACACUAUAAAAUAAAUCUCAUCAGUAGAAGAAACCAAUGUACUACUUGCAAACUUGUUAAUUCUAUCAUCACCUUCUGCUAAUGUUAUCUCAAGUAUAUUCAUUCUAAAAACAUACAAGUAAGAAUAAAAACA